AUGUACCAUCGAGUCAAGAUGGUGCCUCACAUCAUUCUGUUGUCCUUGACGUUAGUUGCUAGUCACGGACACGUGAAGCGGCAAACAUCCCUUGAAGUCCAAUAUCAUUCUUUGAUAGAAGCAAUGCCACUACACGCCUGUUUCAGAUGUCCAUGGGUUCAGGGAAGUGACUGUUGUAGAUAUAUACCAUACGGUAGUGAAGACCCGUCGAACGAAAAGGAACACUUCUGUCCUCCUGGACUUGGUUGGAACGUUGAAGUUUGUACCUGUGACUGGCCUGGGAAUAUAGAGACCGGCUGUGAUACGAGUGCAUGUAUACCUAAGCCAGUAACUACUCCAGACCCAGGUGCACCAACAACUACAACGAAGAGGCCAAAAUUGAAGGAAUGUCCAGCAUUGAAGGAAAAUGAAUGCUGUCUCCCAGAUGUUGGACAAUGGUUUACUAAGCUUAACGACACACAUUACAGACUGAAUGACGGUUACCCCCAAGGUUGCCCGGAAGGGAUGCUUUUCAGUCAUAUCAGCUGUUGCUGUGAAGGUCAAGCCAUAGUUCCCAAUCCUUGCAAACAUUGGACAUUUGAUCGAGUAGAUGGAAAUGAGUACAUUGACUCAUUACAGCAAACGUUUGGACAAAGUAUCCAAGCGAGCAUUGUAGAGGGACACACUACUUCGAAUAAAGGUGUAUUCUUGGAAGAAAAAGAUCGAGUGUCUAUCCCCUACUUUUCAGGAGCACAUUUUGGAAAGAAGUUCAGUUUAGGUCUCUGGGUGAAAAGCUCUUCUAGCAACAUUGGCAGUGUUGUUGUAAGCAACGGAAACAAACUGACCAAAGAAUCAGUUGCCUUGGUGAUGGUUGGUAAUACAAUAGCUGGCGGAAUAGCAACAGAGCUUGAAAACCCACCUAAUACUUAUGACAUGGCAUUUUAUAAUCUUCGUGGAGAUGGCUGGCAUUUUGUUGCUCUAACAUAUAGUGACCCAGAGUUGCGUAUAUACGUCGACCAACAACUGGCCCAUACGUCCAGUCAAGGAGGCAACAUACAGUCUAACUUGUGCCAGUUGAAUAUUGGCGGAGUACAGUCACCAAGCAUCAAUGUCGACGAGUUGGCAAUUUGUGAGUUUACCUGGGAUGCGUCUGACGUAGUAAACUUCAGAGACAAUUCAAUAAUUCCUCAACUUGUACAACCCAUUGGAAAAUAAACUAGCGACCAACAUUGUGUAAACCUUUUGCCUUGAACAGUUCAUAUGGAGAUCAAAUACAAACAACGAAUAAUUGUAAAUAUUAUUUAAGGACUAGCUGAUCCUAGUUAUCUACUGCAUACACAUUGUAGUAAUCUUCGCAUCGACAUCAUUUGUGAAACUGGAGAAGGCAACUGAGUCAUUAGAAACAUAAUCAAUUUUACAUUUGACAGUAAUUGUUUGGAAAAGUUACAAAAUAUUUGUUACAAACAAAAAUAAUGGAACUUUUAAUUCACUUGAAUCAAAUAUAGAAUGGGAUAAA